GCUCAGGCCUCCGCGGCGCGGUGAUGGCAGCCUCUCCGCGCGCGGAGCUGGCGGCCUCCAGUGUCCAAGCCCCGGUAAAUCCCAACACCCCAGCGCGGGCCGCCCAGGACGAGGACCCAGACUCUAGGCUUAUAGGCUUAGAGGAUCUGGCGGCCGUAGUGGCGGCCUUGGAGGAAGAGGAGGACGAAGAGGAGGAGGAACAGGAAGAUGAAAAGAAGGCAGUGCAGCCGUCGCGGGCGAUGACUGACUUUAACAUCAUUUCCGGGGUGAAUAACCUAACAUACAUGAACUAUGAGGCCCCUGUGGACUUUUCUGAUAUUUACCACUCUAAUGAAGAAUAUUUCAGGAAACUAGAAGAGCUGAAGACUGCCCACAUGGAAACUAUGGCAAAGUUAGAGAAAAUGUACCAGAAUAAAUUAAAUUUAAAGAAAGUACAGCCAGUGAUCAUCAGGGACGAAGCUUCCAGUGUCUCUUCCAUGUGUGUAUCAGAAAAGAACUAUCACCCUAUCUCGUUAAUCACAUCACUUUCAGAACCUGAUUUAGGUCAUUCUUCCUCCUUGAUUGUGUCUUCCUCUGAAGAUGAGCUGCCCAACUUAGAAAAAGACUAUCCUGAGAAAAGCAGAAUGAUGACCUAUGCCAAGGAGCUCAUCAACAACAUGUGGACCAACUUUUCUGUUAAAGAUUACAUUCAGUGUGAAGGUGCUGACUUCCCAGCAAUUAAAAAAACAGGGAAGAAAGCAAAAGAAUGGGUGCCAAAGAUUACAGUACCUGAGCCUUUUCAAAUGAUGAUUAGAGAACAGAAGAAAAAAGAAGAGAACAUGAAAUAUAAAUCAGAUAUUGAAAUGGUACACAAACUGCUCAAAAAACAAGAAGAUUCAGAGUGUAAGAAAAAAUUCCGAGCCAACCCAGUUCCAGAAUUUGUCUUUUCCCCCCUUUAUCAUGACAUAGUCAAGGAAAAUGAAGAACGAAGGAGGAUUAUGAAGGAGAAAAACAAAGAAGCACUUUUGGCCUCACAAAAGCCAUUUAAGUUUAUUGCAAGGGAGGAACAGAAGCGAGCAAUCCGGGAAAAGCAGCUGAGAGACUUUAUUAAGUCUAAAAAGAAAACAAAUCGAUUUAAAGCCAGACCUAUACCUCGAUCUACUUAUGGUUCAACUACCAAUAACAGGUUAAAAGAAGAAGAGCUCUUUAGAAACAUUAAGACACAGCUGAGAGCCCAAGAACUUUUACUGAAUUCAUCCCCUCCGCCUUAUAGUCCACCUCACAGAAGUUUUGCUGCAAGGAAGCCCAAAGCUCCCAGACAGGCUGAACAGUUGAAGUAUAAGUGCAAGUCUAGGAGCCCGAUUGCUGAUUUUGGAGAACCUCCUGAGAGAUAUCAGAAGCACCUCCCAGAACAGAAAAGUCCAAAAAUCCUUUUAGUUUACAAACCAUCUGAUCUUCAUGCAGCCUCACAUGCAUCCACUAAAAGAGAGAAAAAUUUGGCAGAUAAUAAAGCAGAGGAAGAAAAUUUGAAAGAAGCACAUUGGGCUUAUCAGUCUCUAAGGCACAAGUCACCAGGAAGAAGUCCAAAUGCAAAGCGUGUGCCUUAUAACUGCAGCCCUCCAAUGCCCACAGUAUCUUCCAGAGGAAGAGAACAAGCCACCAGAAAGAGUGAAAAGGAAAGGAUGAGAGAAUACCGACGAGAACUAGAAGAAAUAGAAGAAAAAUUAAAACACAGGCCACUACUAUUUCAAAGAGUUGCUCAGAAAAAUGCAAGAAUGGCAGCAGAAAAGCAUUAUUCUAACACCCUAAAAGCACUAGGAAUAUCUGAUGAGUUUGUUUCAAAGAAAGGCCAAAGUGGAAAAAUAUUUGAGUCCUUCAGCAAUCAAGAGAUGAAAAGUUUCACUGAAGAGAAAGAAAGCUUUAAUGAAGAAGAAAAUAUAGAAGAAAGAGAGAAUGGGGAAGAAAAUUAUUUUACUGAAACCAACAGCCGGGAUUCUUGUAAGGAAAAUGAAGCCGAAGCCGAAGAAGAAAGUGGAGAAGAGAAAUCUGUUGAAGAAUGAAGCAGAAUCAGCAGGGCCUCCUUUCUGUGCCUGUGCUGUUAUUUGCAGCAUCCGGUAUUAGCAGCUUUGCUUGUUUGGUUAGGAACAUGGAUGGGAAGGAACCCUUCUGAUGUGUGCAGGGCUCUUUAGCAAAGUUAUUUGUAGCCAAAAAGGCAAAUCCAGCUGAUUAGUCAUUUAGUCCGAGUAAGGCUUUGCCUAUUCAGUUUUUUAAAUUGCUACAUGUGCUCUGUUUGCAACUUUGCUCUUACUUGUAUUUUUUAAAAGCAGUUGAGAAUCAACAGCUGUCACAAACUGAUUAGUUAUUAUGUAAUUAUUUUUUGGUAGAAAAAAAUGGCUUAGCAUUGAGAGCAAAGUAUUGUCCUUUGGUGAUUUGUUUAAAGAAAAAUUUCUAGAAAGCAUGACUCAAUACAUAUUUUAAAAUUGUACUGUUUGCCCAUUCUUUUCCUCUGGAAUACAUCUCACAAAAUGAACCCCCACAGUUGUUUUACUAGUUAAGUUUAUCUGAACCAUUUUUAUUUUUAUUUAAUUUUUAAAAUCUGGACCAUUUUUUAAAAGUAAUAAAAUAUAGAAAAAAAUAGGUACUUGCAAAUUUACAUUUAUUUCUGCACUGAAAGUUUAUUAAAUUAUCCACCCUAUUAUCAGUUUUUUCUUUUUUAUCUCUAGUUUUAUUCUAAAUUAUUUUUGACAUAGAAAUUAUUAGAAGUUUUUAUACAUAUUUUUUAACCUUGUGUAUUAUGACAGAUAUAAAUCAUUAUAGCAUUCUGAAUUAUAAUCUUAAUAAAUAUCAAACUGGUUUUAAAUGAGAUGAAAUUGUGCAUAAUAACUUGUCCAAGGCAAGUCUCCAAAGUAAUUCAGGCUUAUCCUUUAAUAUUAGAACCAGAAUGUUCAAUUUUUUACAUAUUAUUGCAGACACACUUUUGUCUUUCUGAGAAUGAUGUUAAUUUGAUUUUAUGACUAUCAUUUUUCCUCUAUAAGAAAAUUUUUUGUUGUAAAAAUUUAAACCAGUCAUAAAGAUGUGAUAGAGUGAGACAUUUUCUUUUAUAAAAAUAAUCAACUUAUAAAGAGUAUUAACUAAUAAAGGUGUAUAAUAGCAGUCUUUACCUACUGGAAAUUUAUACUUUAAAUGAAGAAAUAAGGUGAUUUUUCCUAAUUAAGGGCAAAUGUUUAUUUGCUAUUCCUUUUUUAUAGUUUGUGUUAAACUAUUUGCCACUACCAUUAGAUUGUAAACUCCUUGAGGGUUGGCAUCAUUUUAAAAUCCAUCUUUGUAUUCCUUUAAUAUUUUGCACAAGAUUGUGCAUAUCAUAGGUACUUAAUAAAGGUUCUGGAUGAGUAA